AUGCACUUGGACGAGCUAAAUGAGUACCUAGAAGAAAGAAGAGCUUAUAAAAAGCCAAUUCCUGCAGUGACCGCCAGCCCCGCGCCCACCUGGGACGUGCCCCCGGACAACGCCUCGGGCUGCGGGGAGCAGAUCAACUACGGCAGAGUGGAGAAAGUUGUGAUCGGCUCCAUCCUGACGCUCAUCACGCUGCUGACGAUCGCGGGCAACUGCCUGGUGGUGAUUUCCGUGUGCUUCGUCAAGAAGCUGCGCCAGCCCUCCAACUACCUGAUCGUGUCCCUGGCGCUGGCCGACCUCUCGGUGGCCGUGGCGGUCAUGCCCUUUGUCAGCGUCACAGACCUGAUCGGGGGCAAGUGGAUCUUUGGCCACUUCUUCUGCAACGUCUUCAUCGCCAUGGACGUCAUGUGCUGCACGGCCUCAAUCAUGACCCUGUGCGUGAUCAGCAUCGACAGGUACCUCGGGAUCACGAGGCCGCUGACCUACCCGGUGCGGCAGAACGGGAAAUGCAUGGCCAAGAUGAUUCUCUCCGUCUGGCUCCUGUCCGCCUCCAUCACCCUGCCCCCGCUCUUCGGCUGGGCCCAGAAUGUCAACGACGACAAGGUGUGCCUGAUCAGCCAGGAUUUUGGCUACACCAUCUACUCCACGGCGGUGGCCUUCUACAUCCCCAUGUCGGUCAUGCUGUUCAUGUACUACCAGAUCUACAAGGCCGCCAGGCGGAGCGCGGCCAAGCACAAGUUCCCCGGCUUCCCGCGCCUGCCGCAGCCCGACAGCCUCGUCUCCCUGAACGGCAUGGUGAAGCUGCAGAAGGAGGUGGAGGAGUGUGCCAACCUCUCGAGACUCCUCAGGCACGAGAGGAAGAACAUCUCCAUCUUCAAGAGGGAGCAGAAGGCAGCCACCACCCUGGGCAUCAUCGUGGGGGCCUUCACCGUGUGCUGGCUGCCUUUCUUCCUGCUCUCCACGGCGCGGCCCUUCAUCUGCGGCACGGCCUGCAGCUGCAUCCCGCUCUGGGUGGAGCGGACAUGCCUGUGGCUGGGCUACGCAAACUCUCUCAUUAACCCUUUUAUAUAUGCCUUCUUCAACCGGGACCUGAGGACCACCUACCGCAGCCUGCUCCAGUGCCAGUACCGCAACAUCAACCGAAAGCUGUCGGCCGCAGGCAUGCACGAGGCCCUGAAGCUCGCCGAGAGGCCCGACAGGCCCGAGUUUGUGCUACAAAAGUCUGACUACUGUAGAAAAAAAAGUCAUGAUUCAUGAUCAAAAGCGAAAUCAUGGAGACGAACAAAACCAGGCAAGACAGAGGUGGAAACGGGACGAAAUCAUUUGCUCAGCCUGUGGAAUGCGGCUUCUGGUUUUUCUUGGGAUGGUUCAAACGUGACAAGACGAGCGGGGUGAUCUGUGGUACAAGCAUAUGAGGAGGGAGAUGGUGCCCUCUCCUUUUCUUUCCCUUGUGGAUCUGUGCUAUUGUGUGCAAAUGAAAAUAGUUCUCGGUUUAAGAAAGCGACAGCUCGCGAACAGAGCUGAGCUCCGGAAGGGAAACAGCUGCGGGUGCUUUGCAUAUGCCCCAGUCCAUGCAAGUGGACGCGGGUUCCAGCGGUGCCUCCGUGCUCCGAGUCUAGGCCCUGCGGUGGGGACUCGGGAGUCAUUCCCGAGGCAGAGUUCAUGUUGUUGUAGGACAGAAGGGUGUUUUUCCGAGCUAACUGCAGUAAGCAUAGUGUUGACUAUGUUGCAUGUCCCGUGUUAGAAAACAGAAUCCUGUCAUCAGCUCACACAAGUGAUUUCCCAGAGCAGUGUCUGUUUUAAGCUUCUGUCGCACAGUUUGGCUUUCCCGCAGGGUCCCUGUGACUUCCCUACCGAUGUACUUUCUUUGUGAACUCGCUUAUUGUUAUGGUAUAAUCAGGAACAGAUCUCAGGCUGGAGAGAAUCAUAAAAAGCCGAAUAAAGCUUUUGCUUGUGCUCACUUCCAAGGGGUCCUGAGAGGUGAGGAGGUUCCUUCCAUGAGGAUUUUUUACCUGACCGUACUGGGUGUCAACGUGGGUGUUGGCACUGAACUUUUGACUCGUUACACACGGGUGCCAUGGGCCCAGAAGCUGGUCCAUAGCUGUGUUUUGGGGGACAAAGUCAGGGAAUCACGGGGUUUUCAUGAAGGGUUGUGAUGCCUCUGGAAAUGAAGCAUCACUAUGUUCAUUCUCGUUGAGCAGCCUUUUGUUAAACUGAAUUGUGUGAGCCGGAGGCCACCUGGGACACUCACUAUUGGCAAACGCUCCAGAAUACCAUGCUGUUCCUUCUAGAGGAUUUGUUUUUGUGUUCUUUGUAUCUUAAAUCAAAUGUGUGCCUGGCCAAUUCUGUUUUCCUCCCUAAAGUAGUAGGCAUUAUGGGCAGACAGGGAAACAGAAAAGGUCCCUUUGAGGAUUGUAUUUUUUUGUAAUGGAACCGUGUGAUAUUAUGAGCUAGACAGAAAGACAGUAGAUCGGAAGAGUACCUCGAAGGGGAUGAAAUGAAUGCAAAACGUCAUUUGGUAAAAGAGAACUGCAAGAGAAUAUUAUUUUCCUACCAUACAUGUAGCCGUUUCCUCCCAGGAUACUGUGGAAUUCCAGCGUGGAUGAUGGAUUUCUUCCAACUAUCAUUGACAUUGCUUCUUGCCAGACACAGGGAGGGGGCCUGCUUUUCCGGAAAGGGGAGGUGGGGCCUGUCCUUUCAGAAUGAGCUGUACAAAUUCCUCAACUGCAGAUUUGCUCAAGUGACUGUAUAUACUGAUAUUCAUAAUUUAAAUGAUUAAUUCUGGUCAGAUCAAUGUUACAUUUGAAAAUGUUUUAUUACCUUACAGCAAAUAAAGUUUAUUUGUAGCUGUAAUAAAGCCACUUAAGUAAUGAUUUUUAA